AUGUUAUUAGCCCAAUCCAUUCCCUCUUACUCUUAUAAUGAAAAAUUUAACGAAAAAGUCUCUCUUAUUCAAACCGAUAUUACGAAACUAAAGGUCGAUGCGAUAGUUAACGCCGCUAAUGAGUCUCUUUUAGGCGGUGGCGGAGUGGAUGGUGCUAUUCACAGAGCUGCUGGACCCGGCCUUCGAAAAGAAUGUUGGGAUUUAGAUGGUUGCAGAACUGGGGAUGCAAAAAUAACUAAAGGAUAUGAUUUACCAGCUAAAC